AUGUCAGUAUUCCAGAGACGGUUUGGACGAAAAAGUUCAUCAUCAAAAAAACGUUUGAAAACAACAGACACAUUGAAUGUUGAAAAUGUAAUUAUAAAUCAGUACAGUGAUCAAUCUUCAUCAUACGACUCAAUCUCCUCCUCAACGUCUGGUACGUCAUUUGAUUGCCCCCCGCCCAUUAUCGAUAUACGAUGUCUAAAUUUAAAUAGUUCAAAAGAUCGUUUAUCGAUAUCGUCUACGUCGUCUUCACUAUUAUCUCGAACAUUUUCACAACAACAACAAUUUCACAAUGAUUGUUUCUCAAAUUACAGUGCCACUAUCAAUAACAAUAAACAUUCAAAAAAGUCAAAAUUGAAAAAACCGGUCAAUGAGAAAGAAAAUCAGUCACCCUUUCAAACAGAUAAAUUAAUCACGAACAUUCCAUCUGCUGAGGAUCUGUACGAAGAAGCAUUAUCGAAUUACAAAUUAGAACUAAACUUAUCAAAAGUAAAUGGCAAUAAAGAACAAGAAUGUCAAAUAACAGCAUUUAUUGGAAAUACAUUGGCGCUAUUAGGACAAUAUGAUAACGCAAUCGAAUGGUUUCAUACAUAUUUAAAUUUAGCAAAAGAAAUAUUUUGUAAAGUAAGAAGAAUAUGA